UUUUCCACACAGCUUCCGGUUCAUGUCAAGGGCAAAAUUAUCACAUGUACAGAAGCGACACAGUCUUUAAUCCGGUGUGUUAGCGUUUUUAGAUCAAUAUAAGUGUGUAAAAUGGACGGAUUUGGCUCUGAUUUCUCCUCAGGCUCCUCGUCUGGUAAAAUGGACACUGGUACAAUUAUGGAGCAGGUCAAAGUUCAGAUUGCUGUUGCAAACGCGCAAGAGCUGCUGCAGAGAAUGACAGAUAAAUGUUUCAAAAAGUGUAUUGGCAAGCCAGGAAGCACACUGGACAACUCGGAACAGAAAUGUAUCGCCAUGUGCAUGGACCGCUAUAUGGAUGCAUGGAAUACGGUCUCGCGUGCAUACAACUCCAGAUUACAGAGGGAACGGGCACACAUUUGAUGUGCAGAUGGCAUCUGGCACUACCUCGAUAUCACCUGAGUCUUCAGGUAGAGAUGUCUGGUCUCUAAAUGUACAACCAGUGUUGUGUAGACUCGGCUCUCUUACCGUGCAACAACAGCAAACAGAAGGAACCAGGUGGUUGAUUUAGACUACAUGGACAUUUUUCAGGAUGUUUUGUUCUUAUAUAUAUAAUAUCUGUUUAAUCAUUCACAAAUUAUUAUUAUUUUUGUCGCUUCAUGUUAUGGCCAGAUUUGGGAUGAAAUGAGAUUUUCUAUUUGGUUUAAAUGCGAUGCAAAAAUUCAAACUCCUCCCCCUUAUGUUGUUAUCCAUUCAUCAAGCAGCCAAUCAAAAUUCGACGUGUCAUCUGUCAGUCUUUUGUCGUUAGGUGGAUGUUACUGCAUUCCCUGAGGGAAAGGCUCACUUUACCACCUCAAUUCCACAAACCUAGUUUUUCUCCCAGAGGGACAGAUUUCUGAGGCGUCUUUGUUGCAAAAAUUGUCGCUUAUUCACCAGGAGCGACCAAACAGUGCGUCUUACUUACCUCUAAAGUACAAACUACAAUUGUCGACCUUGGAGUGUCUUUUUUGUCUCAUUGUCUGUUCAGUACAGUAGGAGGGUUGUUUAAACCACAAACCUUUGUAAAAGUCAUCUCCUUUGUGUACAAUCAUGUCAAAGUUCCCAGUUUCCUUUGAAUUGUGAGACGCAAACUCCACCAAGACAAGUCCAGACAGAUGCAACGCCGCCAGGUUGUUUUUAAGGAAUGCAAAUAAAUACCAUCAAAUCAG